CAACUGCCAGUCUUCAAUAGCUGUUGACCAUAGCAACUGAACGACGCCUGCUUUAGAAAGACAGCAUUCGAAAGCAGAGAGAGAAAGGGAGAGAGGGAUACACUUCCAGGCAGAUGCUCCUUUCUGUGCCCUGCGCCCAGCAGAAGCUCUGGGCCAGGCGGGACGCAGUGGCAUCUCGUAGAGGACACCCUCCCCUUUCCUGGGGUAUAUGAUUUGUGCUGUCCCAGAGCAGAGUUCGGGACAACAAUCUUUUAAAAUGGCUGAAAGCCCAGCAUCCCCUGAAUCCCCUUUAUCUGGUGGCGGUUCAGCAAAGAAACCUAAAGCUAAAAGGUCACCAAAACCCAAAGGCUCACCCAAAGGCUCACCCAAAGGCUCACCCAAAUCAACACCCAAAUCAACACCCAAAGGGAAGCAAAAACCUGCUGCUAAAAAAGAUGAGGAGCUUGAUUUAUCUAUGGCAAGCAUGGGCCACCCAGAAAUCUUUCCCUUGGUCCUCACUGAAAAAACUCAGGAAAUAUUUAAUUGCCGCACUGAUAUAGAUGUCACAGUUGAAAAUCCUUACAAACUUGUGAACAAAGAGGACAUCAUUAAUGAUAUGAAGACAAGAGCUGCAAUUUCUGACUUCCACCCAAUCAAAAAAAUUGUCAUAGAUUAUCCUGGGGAAGAACUUCUGAUAGUGUUUGACAGAGAAUUAAAAUACGGGCAGAUCUUUUAUCUUAUUGCGACUGAAGAGGCCAAGGAAAGCAUUUUAAAUCCUCCAGAGCCAGAGGAAGAGGAAGGGGAGGUUAAAGAGGGCGUCCAAGAAGAAUAUGUUUAUAAGCCCCCUGUACGUAAACCUUGGGUCUCACUUGGAAGUGAAAAGGAAAUUGAAGAAGAAUCAGUUAAGGAAUCAACAAGGAAGAUUAAAUAUAAGAUUUCUCGGCAACACAAAGAAUUUGGGGCUCGGAUAAAAUUUCACAACAGAAAUGCUACGACUGAUGCUAAGCAUGGCUAUGUGGAAUGUACGACUUAUCAUGACAAGAACUUUACCAUUCGGCAGCUUGAGAAAAAUGUUGGUACACAGGUUGUUCCAAUAGAAAAUGAGACAGGAACUCAGACAAAAUGGACCUACCCCAAAAAUGCAACGACACAAUAUUAUCCACGAGAAUUUUCAGAUGAAGAAAGACAGAAAUAUUUGUCAUCAGAAGAUCUGAAAAACUUUAUUGUCUCUGUGGCUAUAAGAGUUGAACUAGCGCUGCAGCAAAAUGAAAUCAUGAAUGCCUUUUUUGACGACUGGAAAGCCCUUGCAGAAGAUGAAGGUGGCUUUGCGGGCAAGUCAGAUGUUUCCCUUAAGGAGUACCAGUCAUUUACAGACCUGCAUUAUCUCAAGGACAGAACUGUUAGCUGCAUUUGCUGGCACCCAACCAUUUAUGGGAUUAUUGCAGUGGCAGUAACAGAGCGACUCUCUUAUGAGGACCGAGUGCAACAAUCUGGUCGAUUACUCUUGUGGAAAGCACCAAUUCUAUUUUGGAGUUUUGCAGACCCUAUUCAUCCCCAGCUGAUGCUGGAGUGCCCUGAAGACAUCUACUGCUUUCAGUUCUCUCCAAGCAAUCCCAACAUCAUUGCAGGAGGCUGUAUGAAUGGACAGGUUGUUCUGUGGGACAUUUCAGAGUAUGAAGAGAGGUUACAAAAUGCAAAGUCAGGUACAGGAGGAAGCAAAAAUACCACAGUUAAUAUGCCAAGUUUUAUGCUGGAGCAACAAAUUGGGAAGGAGCCACACUUGGUGAGAUAUUGUGCAGUCUCUUCCAUUGAAUAUGGCCAUAAAUCGGUAAUAACAGAUAUACAGUGGUUGCCAGAGCUUUUGGAGGUCAACAGAAUGGGCACUGUUUUUGAAAACAGAGCUGGAGUUUGUGUACAGCUUGUCACCUGCUCACCAGACUGCACAAUUUAUUUUUGGGAUCUUCGAGCCCACAGGCCUACUAUCCAGCCUUCGAAUGAGAAAAAAAAGGAGGAAAAGAUUGUUGCAGUUCCACCUGAUGUGCCUGUUACCUUCAAACACCUGGAUCUCUCCUGGAGGCCUCUCAUUAAGGUAAACCUGCCCAAGACAGAUACAGGUGCAGAGUACAGUCCAACAAAACUUAGCUUCAGAGAAGAGCAUUAUCAUACCAAAAUUCAAGACAAAACACAACCCCAAAUCAAACCAGAGGCACCUAUAGAAAAGCUGCCAUAUAGCCAGAUACAGAGCACGUCAAUGAAACCUCUUAAGCUGCUAGAAAAUAUCACCACCAACUUUUUUGUUGGGACUGAAGAUGGCGAAGUUCUUUAUACAGACUGGAAGAUGGAAAGAGAUGGUGACUCAGGAAGACUGCUUAGUCAGAAGCCAUCCGACACAUAUACCAUCCACGAUGGACUUGUCCAUACCGUACAGAGGUCUCCAUUUUUCAAAGACAUAAUUCUCACAGUUGGAGGCUGGAAUUUUGCAAUAUGGAAAGAAGGUGUCAUGAGUGGACCACUCCUUGAGUCAAGCUGUGCAGCAAAGAGAUAUACUGUUGGACACUGGUCCUUAUCAAGACCAGGUGUUUUCUUCAUUGGAAGAGAAGAUGGGAAUAUUGAUAUUUGGGACCUAUUGGAGAAAACACAUGAAGCGUCUCAGACCCAAAAUGUCUGUAUUGCACUGAUUACUUGCAUCAAACCCUGGAUUUACUCUUCAAAGCAACACUUCUUAGCAGUAUCUGAUGACUUUGGCACUCUGCAUGUUUUAGAAGUUUCAUGGACAUUAAGCCACCCUUCCAGCAAUGAGCGUUCUAGUGUUCUUCAUUACUUUGAGCGAGAAGUCAAACACCUGGAGUUUUCUGAGCAGCGGCGAGAAUUCAGAGAUCAAGAAAGAAUGGCAUUGGAGCAGGAAAAACUGAUGAAGAAAACAAAAGUGGUUGGUGGCCAGCGGUCAAGAGAAAUUAUAGAAGAACAGACAAAUCAAGAUUAUGUAGAGUUUUUGGACCUAGAGAAGACCGUUCUGACUAGACUGGGACUGCUGAAGGUACCAGAUAGAUUUGCCUCAAGAACUAACUAGCCAUGUGACCAACCAUUGUUCUAUUCAGGAGAGCAUAAAUUAUUGUGAACAACUUAUUUUAUAAUGACUGUGAUCCGAAGACAGAGGAGUGCUUGAGGAGACCCUCGUGUGAAACUGUGGUUUUGACAUUUGCAAUUCAAGCAGUCCCCACUGCCAGAGAGGCACACUGUUUUUCUGUUUAUUUCACACCUUGUCUUUUUUGGCAGUAGGAAUGUCCCGCCCCCGCCCGCCCCCAAAAAGGCUGUGUGUGCUGUUCUUCCAUAUCCCUGCAUUAUGCAUAAUAAAUAAAGAAUAAAUAUACAUGUAGGAAACAUUUUCACAUAUUGUUAA